UAUCGCAGCACUUACUGUGCUGAGUUUCACAGCUCGUUAUGCUGCUGACAGACGACCUGCUUCCAGGAAGGAGCCUCUCGUUAGCUGUAGCUACUUAACCAUUAACUGCGCGGAGUGAGGGCGAGAUAACAGCUCACAGUAGUUGUUUUCAAUCCUCAGACUCAAACAGAAAACAUUUUUCAACAACGUCUAUUUCAGCCACCUCGACCUGACAUCAGGCGACUCCACUUCCUGGUCGUUUUUAACCCAAACAAGCUAAAGACAGCUAGCUAGCUAGGUUAGCUAGAACCAGACCGGCUAGUCUGGCAGGCAGUCUAAACUGAAUGUGUAUCCAGCGACUUUUCCUUUCCGAGAAUUUCCUCCUGAUGCUGAAGUUAGCUUACUGAGUGUGGUUGAACAGCGCUGCCGUGGUCAACAGCUAUCUUGAGCAGGAUUUCAGGACUUUGACAGUCAGCUGUGGGGCAAGGUGGGGCCCGUGGGGAGCUUUAAGUUCUUCUCCCCAUGACAACGCGACACCAUGGCAACAACGGCUCCAGUAGUGAUGCCGAGUGGCGGGUCUCAGAGGACGAGGAGAACAUGGAGGACGUGGAACUCGCUGAACUUGGACCGCUGCUGACCGGUUCAGAGCCCAAACCCAGAGCUGCAGGAGCAUUCCCAGAUGAUGACGAUGAUGAUGAUGAGGAAGAGGAAGGUCAGGGCUUGCGGAUGGUCACGCUGCCCUUGCAGGCUCACCAUGCCAUGGAGAAGAUGGAGGAGUUUGUGCACAAGGUUUGGGAUGGGCGCUGGCGAGUGAUCCCCUACCAGCUGCUUCCUGAUUGGCUGAAGGAUAACGACUACCUACUUCACGGUCAUCGGCCGCCCAUGCCGUCAUUCCGGGCCUGCUUCGGUAGCAUCUUCAGGAUUCACACAGAAACAGGGAACAUCUGGUCACAUUUAUUGGGUCUCAUUUUGUUCCUGUUUCUGGGCACUCUGACCAUGCUGCGGCCAAAUGUGUCAUUCAUGGCUCCUCUGCAGGAGAAGGUGGUGAUUGGGAUGUUCUUCCUGGGUGCUGUGCUCUGUCUUUGCUUCUCUUGGCUCUUCCACACAGUCUACUGCCACUCAGAAAAAGUCUCCAGGACAUUCUCUAAAUUGGACUACUCUGGCAUAGCACUGCUGAUAAUGGGCUCAUUUGUCCCAUGGCUAUACUACUCCUUUUACUGUUCCCCACAACCGCGGCUCAUCUACCUCUCCGUGGUGUGUGUGCUGGGCAUCGCCGCCAUCAUUGUGGCGCAGUGGGACCGCUUUGCCACGCCACGUCACAGACCUACACGUGCAGGUGUGUUUCUUGGUCUGGGGCUAAGUGGAAUCAUUCCCACCAUGCACUUCACCAUCGCUGAGGGCUUUGUGAAAGCCACAACAGUAGGUCAGAUGGGCUGGUUCAUCCUAAUGGGUGCAAUGUACAUAACUGGAGCUGGACUCUAUGCUGCACGAAUUCCUGAACGCUUCUUUCCUGGAAAAUGUGAUAUUUGGUUCCAGUCCCAUCAGAUAUUCCAUGUGCUAGUGGUGGCUGCAGCAUUUAUUCACUUCUAUGGUAUUUCCAACCUGCAGGAGUUCCGCUAUGGCCUGGGAGGAGGCUGCACAGACGACUCCCUCCUCUAAACAUCAUCCUUCCCUCCCCUUAUUUGCUGUACUUCAAUGUUUCUUCCUUUCUCCUCAGUACUAGUGUGCUGACUACUUUGAACACUCCUGAAUCAACAACAGCUGGAAAAGAGCAGGUGCACCCAUCCACCUACUACCCAGUGAACGCUGAUCAAAAGUUGUACUGAGUCCAAGAUUAGUGAUUUUAAAGGAUUACUACAUUUAUUUUAAAAUGUUUAUGUUAUCACAGAUGAUUUAAUAUUGAAAUACUUGAAAACCUUGAUGAGGGAAAAUCUCAGAGCUCAGUCAAGUGUUUGUUCUCGGUUCAGUUUUCAACACAAUGUCAACAAGUACACUGUAAGAGACGUUCAGACAUCGAGCACUGGGAGCUGUCUAAACAGCACUACCUCUUUUUUUCCUUUCUGGUCUCUGCACACUGCUGGGUCAACAUGCUCCAAAUCUGGGAGUAGUAGCUACAGGUUAUGGACUCCACAAAAGUUUCUAAUUUUACAGAAUUUUAUGAGAACCGAAAUGAAAUGUGAAUGUCAUUUAUCUGCUGUAAAUGAUUUCAUGUGACCUAUAGAGUUUGUGAAUUGAACUUUCUUAUAUACAUUUUUAGAUGUUUGAAUUUUCCUGUAAGGUCUCACGGUCAAUAUGUAUCUCACAUGUUCUUUUUAAAUAAAUAAAUAAAUAAAUAAAUGAA